GGUUGCGCCCUCCCCUGCCUUUGCCCACUGUGGGCAUUUGGUCACAUGUCAGGUGUGUGGCCUGCUUUGUCCUUGCCUUGCUUUCCUUGAGGUGGCUCUUAGCCUCAGUGACACAGAAACCUCUCUUAGCUGUUCUCAGACUGCUGGUGCCUGGACCCUGCUGGGUCUCUGUGUAAAUAUGGAUCCCUGGGCAAAAGCUGUAGCCCUGAUGGAUGAGCUGAGACCAUCUGCCAGUUCCCAGCUCUCCUGGCCUGGCAUCUGGAGUGUGCACUCAAGAUCCCAGCAUCCUCUUCCAAGGAUGAGAACAGGGACAGCAGAGUCCAUGCCCACAGAACAGCAGCAGGAUUGGGGGCCUGUCUGUCCUUCCUGUGUACCUCCUACCUUAUGUCUGCCCUCUCCUAUGUCUCCAACUCUUGCUUACUUCCCUCAAGGACCUUAAAACAGCAUUUCUCUAGGUCAUGCCCAGGUAUGUUUUGGUGUCAGGAGCCCUGGGUGUGUGUAAGCUUGGCUGCACACUGUGGACACAGCAGAAUGUUCCUCAGGCUGCUUGGCAGGUCUGGGAUACCAGUGUCUACUUCUAACUUCCAUUAAGCACGUAGGUGCUUAUAUAAGACCCAUCUCAACAGUGUGGCUCCACGGGUGUGGGAGGGCCGAAGCAGCUUGAUAUCAACAGGCUGUGGGGCCCAGCCAGGCAUCACCUCACCCAGCAGGUCAAAGCCAGCUUUCCAGGAAAGCCCAGCAUACAGUUGUGUAUCUUCGAACAGCUGGGUGGUGCCAUCUCACACAGGACCUUCCUGAUGGUCCUGGACUCAUGCCUGCCUUCUGGCAGGGCCAGCAGACACCAGCUCUUGACUGCUGCCCUGGGCUUCCCCUAUAGGCUGGCUGCGAGUCUUGGACUAGGAGGACCACCUCUGCUGGGCCCUGGCAGCUUUAGCCUUGACACCAGUACUGGUCUAUGUGCUUCUGAUAGCCUCCCUCCCUCCCUCCCUCCUUCCCAGGGACCAAGCAGAAUGAGACCAAAGACCUACACUGAAGUGUCCCCAACAAUUUUAUUAUAAAUAGAAACAAGACUCCCUCUUGGUGGCUGCAGCCCCUGCCUUGGUGGCUCUGAGCACCUGUUGGUGGGACCUGUCCCUUUAGUCUGGAGGCCAAAACCAAGGAAAGGGCUUGCUGUCCCACCAAGUACUUGGGGAGCCUGAGGUACUGAGGAUAAAAAGCAGAGUGGGGCCCAGGGCCGUGCUGCCCACCCAGGCUGGGUGCUGCCACCUGGGCCCAACAGUGGCACUGCUCCUUCCUCAGGGCACAAAGAGGCUGCCCUCUUGUCACACCACACUCUCCUCCAGACGCUCUGUACUGCCCCCCAUCCCCCGGCACCCAGCUCCCAGCAGACCCCCAUGUACAGAGUGACUCCGCCGGGCCCAGGCUCCUCCCAGGCGCCUGGCAUACCCGUAGCACCCACCAGUGUCUCCCAGGUCCAGGGAACAGCUGCGCUGGGGGCGGGGUGGAGGGCUCCUUGGUGGGUGGCUCUUGGGCAUGGGGCUGGUGCCACCAUUGGUCUGGGAUUGGACAUGGCUAAGUUUGAGUGGCAGGCGGCCAUUCCCAGCUCCCCGGCCCCGAACCAGCAAGGCCACAGUGAAGACCAGUAAGGCGGCCACUAGGACCCCACCUACUGCCACAGUCAGGGUCCCGCCCAGCACAUGGGCCUGUAGGGCAUGGCACAGGGGUGUGGCUGGUAGCGUGGAGAAGUGGGCACAGCCCAGCAGUCUGGUGGCCGUGAGGUCGGAAGGCCCAGCAGCAGGUGACAGGGCCAGCAGGCAGAGGUCGUAGUCAGCACCAGGAACCAGGUGCUUCAGCAGGAAGUGGUGACUGGAGGCUGGUACGAUCCUGCAGGCAAGGGCAGGUGGUCAGAGCCCCAGGGUGGGGUACAGCCCCCAUUCCCAUCUCUCACGUUUGCCCUAGACAGCCCCUCAGGCCUGAAAGGCCCUGUCAACACACACAGGCCUGUGCUCCCUCAGGAAGGCAGAGACAACAGGCAUCCAUAUGUAGGAUAGUGUCAGCGCACAGAUAGGUGUAUGCACUGACAGGCCUCAGGCAAUAGGAGUUGGGGCGGGGUGGCACCAAGCAGACAGAAGUACCCGAGGGCGGGAGGCAGGUGCUUCAGCAGACACCUACACUGCCAUUACUGAUGGUCAGGAAGGCUGGCACACACAGCCGCACCUGAGACCCCCUUCCUCUGCCCCAAGCAGCUGGCUCAGCCAUGCUCCGAGAGUGUAGAAGUUUAGAAGGAGGGCAGGCACAAGCCUGGAGGGGACAGGUAGGACUUGGGGACACAGGGCCAGCAGGGAGGCCUAGUGAACAAAGCAGGCUGAAGGGCAUGUGCAGGGCCCAUCCUCACCGGUAGAUGAGGGUCUCGUCCUCGCUGCUGUUGUACUGGAUUUGGAACAUCCACACGGGGUCAGAUGGCCGCCCCGGGCCCCAGCUCACCAGGCCGGAGGUGGCAGUCACCUCCGUCACUUGCACGACCGGAUCAGACUCUAAAGUCCCCUCGCCCUCGGCAGCAGUUCUAGCAGAAGCAGCGAUGUCCGAGGGCCCGGGACGGCCCCCCUCAGCACUGGUGUUCCCACCAUGGGGCAAGGCCAACACCCGGAGCUCCACGCGGGCUGUGGCCUCACCAGCAGGGUUGGUGGCAAUGCAGGUAUAGGCUCCUGCAUCUCCUGCGCCUGUCACCCCAAUCUCUAGAGUGCCGUUGGGGAAAGCCCAGGCUCGUGAAGAGUUGCCAACCAGCCGGUCAUCAGGGCCAACCCAGUGCAUGGUGGGCACAGGGUCACCAAGGGCCCUGCACCGUAGAGUCGCCCGCUGGCCCUCUAGCACCCAUAGGCGCUGUGUGUGACGAGCAAUCAGUGGAGGCUCGCAAGAGAACUCUCCCUCAGGCACUGCCCAGAAGUAGCGUCCCGCCAAGGGUGGUGGGGAAGCGCAGGUUUCCAGGUCAUCCGGCCGGGCCAGCCGCCUCAGCCACAGCAGCUCACAGUUACAGUGCAGUGGGUUCCCGCUGAAGCUCAGCACCAGGGGGGAGGGGGAGGCCUCAGCAUCCCGACCUCGGGAGAAGAGUGGGUCAGGUGCCAGUGUGGCCAGGCGGUUGGAGGUGAGGUCAAGGCGGGAGAGCUGGCUAAGCUGGGCAAAGACACCUGGGGGUAGUGCAUCGAUGAGGUUAUGGUCCAGGUUAAGGGUAUGCAGGGCAGGCAUGGCACCUAUGCCAGCCCAGGGAACCUGGCGGAGAUUGUUAUAGGACACAUCCAGGUCCUCGAGACUGUCGAGGAAGUCAUCAAAGGCCCCUGGCGCAAUGCGGCCCAGCUGAUUGCCACUGAGAAUGAGGUGCUGCAGGUUGACAGGCCCCCGUAGGCUGCUGCUGCCCAGCUCCACCAGCCUGUUGCCAUCCAGAUGCAAGGAGCGUAGGCUCUCCAGGUCUCCAAAGGAGCGGGCCCCAAUGCGGGUGAUGGCAUUUCGAGACAACGUUAGGUCCACCAGCCCUGUCAUGUUGCGGAAGUCAGGUGGUCCCAGUGCCUGGAUGAAGUUGUCAGCCAGGCGCAGUUCAACUGUGCGCCGGUCCACGUUGGGUGGCACAAACAGCAGGCCUCGGUGGGCACAAAGAGUGCUGAGCGAUUCCGACAGGUUCUGGCACACGCAGGGCAGCGGGCAAGCGGCGGCUCCACUGGCCAGCAGCAGCAAUAGGAGUGGCGGGGCCAUGGUGAGCUCCCUGUGGGAAAGGGCCACAGCCCCGGGCACAGGUGGGGCUGGGGCAAGUGCCCACUUGUGCCCAGGGCACGGUCCCAGGAACCAGUUUCCAGAGUCUGGACUGGGGAAGGGUUGAGUAAGAGGCUUAAGGGGGACCCCAGGGAGAAAAGAUGGCUGGGGCUGCAGGCUCAGGCCCCCCAGAGUAAAGGUCACAUUUCCCCAGCAGUUGAACAGAAUCCAGGUACCAGGGACAAGGUGAGGCAUGAGGCAGGAAGUGGAGGAGGGCCAAGAGCAGGGAGGGUCCCGGAACUUCCUUCAGGCAUCCUCUGGAAUGGGCAGCCCCCUCCCCCUCCGUGCCUUCCCCUCCGUGGCUGCUGAGGACGGCGAUCCCCCAAAUCCCUGGCGUGCACUGUGGCUCCUCCCCGGGCGGGCCUCCCGCUGUACCCUGCCGGGGCGGGGGAGGGGGGCUCACCUGGUGUCCAUCGUUCAGGGGGCGCGGGCCGGCCUCCCCGCGGGCCCAGCCGGCCUCUGCCGACUCCAGGCCGCUCUCUCGCGGGGGGGAGGCCCAGCCCGCCAGCCGCUCGCCCUCCGGCCCAUGGCGCUCGGGCCCUCGGCCCCGGCUCUCUCGGCUCCCGGCACCUUUUCUCCGCGCCGUUCGCGGUGGCGGCGGCGGCGGCGACAGGCAGGCGGGUGCGCGCGGGCGGACACGCGCGCCGCGGACACGCACGUGGAGGGCGGACCGGGAGGGGCACGGGGAUCCACCCGGGCCCCGGCCCGGCUCCCGAGGUCACGGGGACACGCUGCCACCGCAGCGCCCACGGGUGGCACUCAGUCACGCCCGAGGCCCGGCCAGGCCCGUCGCGCUGCCCCACGGCGCUGCCGCAGCACACUCACCCUGGCACCGGCGCGCGCGCCCCCGGCCACCCUGGCGCCCAAGCAUCCUGCGCUGCUCAGGCGGGCGCCGCGGCUCUGCAGACAACCAGACAAAGCGCCAGCUCGCAGGCCCUUUCACCAUCUCCCAGAGACGGGUCUCUUGUCACAUGUCUCUGGGCACCCUCCCCAACACGCCCACAUAUGCUCACACACCCACACGUUCCCGCACCCCGGGCAGGGCCGGGCGCAAACCCGCACGGUUGCUGGGACCCUCGCGUUUACAGACACACACUGAAGGUCACAACCGUUCUGCAUCACCGAGUCACGUGAAGGAUCCCCCCACAGGCCCCGGCCCGGGGGGCUCGGGUGGCGCCCCGAGCAGGGCUUCUGCGGGUGGGGCCUGAGGGCUCGGCCGCGGGACUGGCGUCGCGCCCCGCCCCACCGCGCCCCUCCCUCCUCUGCUGGUCUCCCUCCGCCCUGCCCGGCGCUCCCCAGCCAACCGGCCUCCGCCUCCGGCCGGAUUGGUCUGCGCUGCGCGCUUUCCCAGCAGGCUGGCGGUGGCACGCUGUUUGAAGCUGUGCGUCAGUGGUCCUCCCCGAGUCGCUGCUCCGCCCCCCGUCCCCGCGGUGCCUCUUAGGGAGUGUGGCCCGAACGGUCUAAACUGUGAGGUGGCUUCAGAGCCGGGCCUUGGAUGAGAGUGCUGAAACUCAGAACCAGGUUGGGCAUCGCGGUUCUUGUUUGUCUCCACCUUCAAGAGUGGUUCAUCUAGUUGGCAUGGGGAGUUGUCACCUCCUACGGGGCAUCUCAGCCCCUAGACUACCUGGGCCCUUCUUCCUCUUCCUUUUCCUCUGGUUCUCAGGAGCUUGUGGGUGGCAGGAAUCCAGGGAGACAAAGGCUGGAGUCUAGUCCUGCUUGGUACAGCUGCGCAGCCUUGAGCAAGUUACUUAACUACAGAACAGUUUCCUAGCGGAGACCUAGGGCUGUUAAUUGCCCGUAUUAUUCACACCUAAGGGAGCAGGAAACCGCGCGGCUUGAGGGGCUUAAGUUCUUGCCGCUGGAAGCCACUGCCUGGAUUGUUGCUGUUGUUGGGACGCCUCAACUGUUAUAAACAAUUUGGAUCUUUAGUCUGCUCAGCUGUGAUGUGAGGCAGUGUCAGAUACCUUUUCUUCCCCCAAAGAGUUCCCUUCACUCCAAACAUACACGAGUUCUAGCAUCUGCCAUGUGUUGCCCUGUGCUGGGAGCCAGGUGGUUUCUGGCUCCGUUCCUACCACUCUGGAGCUUCCAGUAGAGGCGAUGGUGGUGGGACGCUCUGAGGAUCCUGGCUGGGUUCUUCAGGUGCUCUGGUCUCUAUUGUUUUAGGGCAUGGGCAAGUUUACAGGAGACAAGCAGGUGCAAGGCACUGAUAACUGGGUCCUGCUUUGUAAUCGUUAGUGACUUCCAGUCAGAAGCUGGUGGGCAAGGCCCCCCACUUGUCCAAUCUGUUGGGCAAAGGUGGCAGUGUUGGGGCAGCUCAGGGGAAAGGUGUGGGCUGAGCAAAAGAGAUUAAGAGUCUAGGAUUUGUCAUGGGACAGAGGUCCAGUGUACCCAGUCACACAGGAAGCUGGGGAGCCAGGGUAGAAGACAAGGCCUCCAUCUACCAGAUAUUUGGGGAGCAUGGGAUCCAGGGCUCUUUGGGGGAACGUGGAGAUGCUGGCCACCAUUCCACCUAGCUCCAAAGACAGAGGCUCUCACCACGGGAGCAGCAGGUCCAGAUCAGGGCAUCCUAAGGACAGUGGUGUGUGAGAAGUGGCAGAGUAGAGGGGUCAAGGAGGAGUGUUUGGGUGGGCGCUGUUGACAGGACAGCAGGAGGCUGCUGUUGGAAUCAGGAAGAGGGGAUCUCAUGAUAGUGGGUUCAAAAAGCGUGGCUGGUGGGGGUUAAAGAGCAGUAUGUGUGCUGAUAUAGGAGAGGCAGAGCUAGGUUCUUUGCUUUGGGGGGUGUUAGAUCUUUGUAGACCCAAGUUAGAGGGGUGGCAUUGGCAUAUGUUCUGGGGUGAGCAAAGAUGGAGACACACAUCUGGCCCCUGGCAACUUGAGGCAUUGCCGGAAAGAUGGAGAUGAGGGAAGCCAUAGUUCAGGGUAGUCUCUUCCCUCCCUUGAGCUGCACAGUGACCCUCUGCCUUUGU